AUGAGACUCCAUGCCCUCGCCAUGACCCUGCUGCUCCAGCUUGCAGCAGCCCAAUUCCCAGGCCCCAAAGUAACCGAGAUCGAAAACGGGCAGGAAGUCUGGAAGGCGCAGCGCUUUGAAGGCGACGACGAGGUCAUCACCUAUACGGUGCGCGACCACGGCACCAUGCGCCCAACACUGGUCUACAACUGCGCCAAAGCACCAUCCCUGUGCAAGACCGUCGCAAAGCACUUUGGCGGCAGCGUGGGAACAGGAACGUACCACUACGACGCGGACUAUCGCAUUCGACAGGGCGAUAGCGGACAGCGCAAGUCGGUGCGGCGGAAUGACAAUUGCCCGUCGAGCUGGAUUGAUGGGCGCUGUCCGGAGGCAGACCAGCCCAGGUUCUAUGCGGGUGCUCGGGGGUUUGCUGAUGCCCUGAUGUACCGUGGGCGUAAUGCAGACCGGGAGCCGGAUGAUAAUCGCUUGGCCGAGGAGUAUACGAAGAGAUUGGCGGAUGGGAGCGUCAAGACGAUGCACCGCGAGAUUGGCGCGGUGCUGUCGUGCGAUGAAUGGCCUGCUGCUAGCUGGAUAGAAGGGGGAUCCGGGGGCGCGACAUACUGCUCUCCAAUCGGCCAAGGCUGCGGUCGAACAAGAGCAGUCCAGACCGACCAGAACUGGCAGGCGCAGGCGCACAAUGCCAUCGGAAUCUGGUCUCGCAUCCGCUCGCCUGCUGAUCGCCGCAAUGCCGAUACCCAUGACCCGGAGUAUACAAUCUUCAAGUUUGACUUUCGGACGGUCGACGACAACAACAACGGAUAUGCGACCUGGGUCGAGGCCAAUGGACAUAAACGGUACUGCUAUGGGCCGGACGUGGGAGACAAGAGUGAUUGCAAGCCAGCAUGGGAUGAUGACCCGGCAGUUCCGGAGUAG